CAUAGUAACGAAUUGUUUUUACAUUGUACUUACGUGUUUCAAGGUAUGGACUGGGCAGAGGAUUUGAAAUUUUCAAUUAGAAAAACGACAGCCAAAAUGGGAAGAAGGGCUGCAAAUAGUUCAAAUGAUGCUCAAACAUCAAAUCAAUCAACAAAUAAUCAAGAGGGAGUUAGUUCGCCUGAAUUGAAUUUGGAUCUCAGUUUGGAAACAAGCGAAAAAUUAGCCAGAAAUGGGCCACCUAGACGUAUAUCAGGCGGUUGGGCGGAAAGCGCUUCUAAAGCCAGGAGUCUCUCCAAGAGCACUUCUGAAGACGAAAGAUUUAUUUCUAAAACUAAUUCUUUGGAAAAAACAACGUCGGACGAUGACAUUCCUGUAAUACCUGACUUAGAUGAUAUACAAGACGAAUUGCUUAUGAGUGAAAUUAUUGAGCCCCCAUCGGUAACUGUCAAUAGAGUUGUAACUCUAAAAGAGCUGAAUUCAGACUUAUUAAAUCAGAAGGCAUUUUCUUCUUUGGAGGACGUUGACUUAAGUGUUCUUACAAAGUGUUUGCAAUCACAAUCAUUAUUAGAAGAUGAAGAUAUAGUUUGGGAAUGGGAAAAAUUGUUCACAGAAAUAACGGCAGAAAUUCACUCGCAAAAACCUCUUUCAGCAGAAAAAAAAGAUUCAAAUACAAAAAACAGUGUUACAAAUGAUGAUGUUAACGGCGGUCAUAUACAGUUUUUAAGUUAGAUCAAUAUUUUUAUUUUCAUCACAUACAAUAUAAAAUUCCGUCCACAUUCACAAAUAAAAGUACAAUAUUUGAAAAAAGUGAAAGUAAACAAAUAUAUUUCAAACAAAAACUAGUUUUUUUAACAAUUAAUCUAGAAAAAC